AUGAAUUAUAAAGACACACUACCCAUUGGAAUUCAGGAUGACACAUACUCACUGAUGUGUGCACUACUUCUAGAAAAUGCAGAGUUAUAUGAAAGUGUGUUUGCAAAACUUGCAAUGAUGAUGAAUGAACUUUCUUUUAUUUACUUAAAAGGCCCAUUAACAAAACCGCAAUCAUCGUUUAAUAUGACUCCACUUUUUAUGGCAUCAUCAUACAGAUUCGUUAAUUUAGUUAAAUUGUUGCUGCAGCGCCGCGCUAAUCAAAAUUUGGGAAAUGGUUGUAGUGAAACUCCGUUAUUUUUUGCGGCUGAACAUGGAUUCAUAGAGAUUGUAAAUUUGCUUUUAGAAUUUAAGGCUGAUCUAAAUAUAUGUAACAACAAAAACAUAUCACCGUUGCAGGCAGCAGCAGUGAAUGGAUUUUCUGAAAUUGUGUCUUUGUUAUUAAGAAAUGGAGCAAAUCCUAACUAUGAUGAUGAAGUGAAUGGCCCACCACUGAUCCUUGCUACACACAGAUGUUUUUGUGAUGUUGUUGAACUACUUUUGAAAUUUGAUGCUGAUCCAAAUAUUUUCAAUUUCCAAGGCGAAACGUGUUUGCACUUGGCUUCUGAUAUCGGUGAUGUUGAAAUUGUUAGAUUACUCCUACAAAAUAAUGCAGACCCAAACGUUGUUGAUAAUAGUUUGAAUACACCAUUACAUAUAGCGUCACAUAUUAUGCGUAAGCUGGUGUUUGUCACGUCACGUCUAUGGAUUGGAAGAACAUUGUAUUAA